AUGGGAGGAAAGGUGGAUUUCUCUGUCAACAAAAUAAAGCGACCGAGAACAUUCAGAUUGUCUGGGCAAAACUAUCAUCAGAUUGGAAGCUUAUUGCCUCCGGAGGGAUCUUCUCCAAAAUUUGCUCAGCUUUAUAUCUAUGAUACAGAAAAUGAGGUGGAAAAUAGAAUUCAUGCUAUCAGCCGUGGUGAAUUGAACAAUCAACUUCAUGCUGAAAUUGUGAAUGACUUGAAGCAAAUGCUUGAUGAGAACAAUGUUCUUGCAAAGUCAUUUAGAAUGGUGAGAGAUCAAUUUCAAACAGAUGGGACCUCAAAUGUUAGACUUAGAUUGAUUGGGAAAAGAGGUUCUGAUGGAAGAAGAUACAAUUUACCAACCGUUUCGGAGGUAGCUGCUUUGAUUGUAGGAGAUUUUGAACAAACAAGGUCUGACAGAGAUAUCAUAGUUGAAAGCCAAUCUGGACAACUACAAAGGAUAAAUGAAUUAAAUGCAGCAUACUUAGGUUUGCAAUAUCCAUUACUAUUUCCGUAUGGUGAAGAUGGAUACCGAGAAGAUAUUCCUUUAAAUGAUAUUGAUGAUUCAACCGGUGGAAGAAAAUGUGUUAGCACACGUGAGUACUUAUCAUAUAAAAUUCAAGAAAGGAAGGAUGAAGAUCCAACAAUUGUGUCAGCUAGAAGAUUAUUUCAGCAAUUCUUGGUAGAUGGUUAUACAAUGAUGGAAUAUUCUCGAUUAAGGUUUAUUAGGCUUCAUCAAAAACAAUUGAGAGCACAUUUUUAUAAAAGGUUACAAGAUGCUGUUUUACAUGGGGAUAUAGAACCUUCUUCUCAAGGACAAAGAGUUAUACUCUCUUCCAGCUUUACGGGAGGUGUACGUUACAUGUUGCAGAAUUAUAAAGAUGCCAUGGCAAUUUGCAAAUGGGCGGGGUACCCUGAUCUGUUCAUCACUUUUACUUGCAACCCAAAAUGGCCAGAGAUUACUAGAUUUGUGGAGAGUAGGGGAUUAUCUCCAGAAGAUCGUCCCGACAUUUUAACAAGGGUUUUCAAAAUCAAGCUGGAUCGCAUGAUAAAGGAUCUACGCGACAAUAAAAUUUUUGGAGAAGUAAAAGCAGUGAUUUAUACAGUUGAAUUCCAAAAGCGAGGCUUGCCUCUUUCAGCAGAAUUACCAGAUAAAAAAGUAGAUCCUUCUUAUUAUAAUGUUGUUACAAAUUUCAUGAUGCAUGGUCUUUGUGGUACUGCUAGAAAAUCUUCUCCGUACAUGAAAAAUGGUAGAUGCACAAAGCACUUUUCAAAAAAAUUUGUGUCAUCAACUACAAUUGAUGAAGAUGGGUAUCCAAUUUAUAGAAGAAGGGAUGAUGGUAGAACUGCAAAGAGAGUAGGUAUUGAGUUGGAUAAUAGGUAUGUUGUACCACACAAUAGAUUUUUAUUAAUGAAGUAUGGUGCACAUAUUAACGUGGAGUGGUGUAAUCAAUCACGAUCCAUUAAAUACUUAUUUAAGUAUGUAAAUAAAGGUAAUAAUCGUGUCACCGCAGCUUUUUCUCAAAGUGUAAAUAAUGAAGAAUCGGGGGUCGUUGAUGAAAUAAAUAUGUAUUGUGAUUGCCGAUACAUAUCACCUUGUGAAGCUGCUUGGAGAAUUUUCAAAUUCCCAAUACACCAUAGAGAACCACCGGUAGAAAGGCUAUCUUUUCACCUACCAAAUAAUCAGACGGUCAUAUUUUCGGAUGAUGAUCCAAUUGAUGCUGUUGUCAAUAGACCAACUGUAAAGGAAUCUAUGUUUUUAAGCUGGUUUGAAGCUAAUAAGACAUUUCCUGAAGCAAGAGAAUUGACUUAUGCAGAAUUUCCUCUAAAGUUUGUGUGGAAACAAAAAUUAAAAAGAUGGGAAAAAAGAAGAACAUCUGCAUUUUCUAUUGGGAGAAUAUUCUUUGUCCCACCUGCAUCUGGCGAGCAAUAUUACCUUAGAUUGUUGUUGAAUAUCAUUAAAGGUCCAAAGAGUUAUGACGAUUUAAAAAAAAUCAACGGGGAUGAUCAUGAGACUUUUAGAGAUACAUGUUAUGCGUUGGGUUUAUUAGAUGAUGACAAGGAAUACGUGGAUGCUAUAAUGGAAGCAACUGGAAGUAGCAGCGUUUUGGGUUUUGAUGUGAAACUCAUUGAUGUCAAUAGAACAUGUAAGGUCACUAAGGGGAGACAAGUUGUCAAGUAUACUGCUUUGUUGGCUUGUGGGAACUAUCACGGAGUUGUUGCUUUCGCAAAAGCAAAAGGUCUACCUAUUCCCAUUGCCCUGCAAAAGCUACAAGAGUCUGUUCAUUAUUUGAGCAUUCCAUUUAAAGGACUGAUUGACAAUGAGAUGGAAGUUGCAAUGUCUAAUGACUAUAACUUGACUCUCCCACUCCCUUUUCUGUUAUGUCAUUUUUGGACCACGCCGUACGAUAAGACUGCUAUAAAGUGCAACAGAAGGGAGGCAAUUACUAAUUUUGAAUUGACCACAUAUAAAGGGGAAUUUAAGCGGUCUACCAUACAGUACAAGGAACUCCUCCUUAAGUCUUUUCCGUUUUACGUUGUGCACAAGCUGAGAAAAUCUGCUUUCCUCAAGGAUAGCAUUUGCCAAGCUUGGGACUAUCAAGAUACACGACUUUUCAGAUUAUCAUUGACAAGAUCAGAAACGAUUUGCAGAAUUAUGUUUGAAAUAAUGCAGGGUCUUCCUUGA